AUGUAUCCCGAUCUACAUUUGAAUUCUUCUUCUUCUCCUCCUCCUCCUCCUCCUCCUGAAACGUACGAACCGGCCCCUCCUUCACUUCCUAAUUCUCCGCCAUCGCACCAGAUGGCCCCUCGCCCUAAUUCUCCGCCAUCGCACCAGAUGGCCCCUCGCCCUGCUCCUCCGCCAUCGCACCAGAUGGCCCCUCGCCCUGCUCCUCCGCCAUCCCACCAGCCAGUGCCUUCAUACAUUCCUCCUUCUGAUCGCCUUUACGCAACAAUACCGCCAACACUAGACAAGCGAUGUUGGAACCAGCUCGAUGACUUAUACAAAGGAAACCUGAAAUUGAACGACGAGGGGAAAAUCAAGCUCACUCCAGCACAACAUCGUGUAUAUCUUGGGGACACCCCUACUUGUUGCGACGAAGACCAAACUGUUGGUGUGAAGCUUCUAGACCUUGCGGGCAGUGUUUCUCUCGCACUACACUAUGAUGAUGGUCUCGCUUCUGCAAUUGCGAAGAAACUUCUACCCCGCCUCCAAGCACUGGCUGCCCCCGACAUGAAUAGACGCGAUUUGGAGGUGUACUGGGGCCACAAAGUUACUUCCUACUUGGGCAAGAAUGUUACGAUCACGCAAGGUAGAAACACCCGUUCGGGAAAACUCACGGGAUUAAGCAUUCAAGACAGUAGAUUCGGAUCUAACUUGCCUCCUGGUUACUAUAAAUUUCGGAUCUCUGGAUCACGGGAUGUGGAAGUUUUCCUCGACCUAGUAGAGCUGGCCAGGGGACAUGCGAAUAUUUGUCUGAAUGACGAUGUUGAGGAGAAGGCAGAUGGUGAAGAUUUCGAGGAAAUAUGGCACGAUUAG